CGUCCUACCUGAAAAUAGCCUGGCAAAAUGUCUCAGGUACAUCGGGGGUCAGAUUAUUCCAAGCCUCCGAGAGCGUCUGCGGAGGAUUUUCUUCCUCCACUGGCCUGAGCUUUCGUUGGCAGAGCCAUUAGAGAGAACUGGGCUGCCUGCGUCAUCACUGCGGACCAAAACAUCAGCGUUCAGCGUCAAAAGCACGCGCGGCAAAACGCGGAAACGGGAGGGUUGUUGUUGUUGUUUUUUUCUUUAGCCACGACACAAAUCUGGAAAAAAGUCAGGAGGACACUUACACUUUAUAGUUGUGUGUACGUAUAUAACCGAGCUACAUCAAGUGCUCCGUACUGGCUGUAUAAACACGUGUCGGACGCGCUGCUACCAUAGCUACGUGAAGUAGGCUAGUUGUAAGCUAGCGCUGCUACUUACUGGUUAUUUUUGCAACAUUUAAAGCAGCCGCCCGAAUUAGUGCAAGUUUCGCGAAUUAAACAUGUCGCUCCCACCGACACCGGGAAGUUAACUCACCGCACAACUUCCCCGGAUGAAUGAGUCCAGACGAGCAGGCCUGACCAAUCACACGGUUCGGUGUUGCUAGCUAACUAGCUAGCUAGCCGUUGGCCGCGUGCGCUAGCGGCGUGUUACCUGUUUUCUCUCAACUCUUCCCGGCUUCUUCCGAGCAGAAAAAACAAACAAACAAAAUGUUUGGUUCCUCACGAUCCGGAGGUCUGCGCGGAGGUCAGGACCAGUUCAACUGGGACGACGUGAAAGUCGAUAAGCACCGAGAGAAUUAUCUGGGAAACUCCUUGAUGGCACCGGUUGGACGUUGGCAGAAAGGCAAAGAUCUGACGUGGUAUGCGAAAGACAAGAAAACCGGCAAAGCUUUGUCCAAAGAGGAGGAACUGGCGGCUGUGAAGGCAGCAGAAGAGGAGGCGCUGAUGGCCGCCCUAGGACACAAGAUUAUAAAGAGACAACCUACUGGGCUUACCAAAGAGGAUCUCGUAGAGGUCUGUAGAAGGGAAGAGGCUGAUGGUGAAGAGAGGAGCGUUGAUCGUAUAUCUGGCCUGGGAAGCAACAGUGUAGGGUCACGGAAAAUGUUGCUGUCCCAAGAAGAGAAAGAAGCGGCUAAAAUGGGUCUACCAAUUUUUACACACCACAAGACUGACAGUCGCCAAGAAACAUCUGCAACGGUAACAUCUGAGAGCGUCGGAAAACAAGAAGAGACAGAACGAAGCAAGCAUGACAGCAAAAAGAAAAAGAAGGAAAAAAAGAACAAAAAGGAGAAGAAGAAGAAGGAAAAAAAGAAGAAAAGGAAAAGACGAGAUUCGUCCUCAUCUUCCUCAUCCUCAGAUGAUGAUAGAAAAAGACACAGAAUGGACCACCAUCGUCAUAAUCCAUCAUACCAUAGCCAGAGUGGAGCCAGACCCCAUGACAGCCAUUCAAGGGAGGGAGCAAAGGCCGAGCGGCAGCCUUCCCGCCCCCAUCAUCGACGGCAAAGGCACGACACAGAGUCUUCUGACGGGGGGUCUCCCGCCCGCAGUAGCUCUGCCUUCCACAAGAAGGCCCCUGCUGGUGCCACACAAAGCCACAGGAGACGCCACGACACAGACUCGGACGACUAGUGUCCCGCGCUCCCCCCAACAAAAAUCAGAGAAGCGAAGUGCACACGCAGCGUUCUGGGACCUCCUGCACCACAGACAGACAGACAGACAAACUGCGAAGCAUCUUAACCUUAGGGUUUUAUUUCACGCUAUUAGUUGAGUUUUGUGGAAGGGAUGAUUGUGUUUAUCGUUCUGUUGAAUUUUCGGUGAAGAGCCCUUUUUAUUUCCUGGGCAAUGUGUCAAUAAAUUUACAACUGGGUA